AUGGAUAUUGGGACUCAUGUUCCCGGGUCGGUUACUAGUAAUGUAAAUGGGUCACCAGAUCUGAAAGAAGACAGAUCCGGUUUGCCACGAAGCUCAAAGCUAGCAAAGACAACAACAAUGGCAGAAGACAAGAGCUUGUCUUCCCCUUACGCAGCUGCUUACAGCAAGUCGUUGGGGUUCCCACUUAUGAGAUCUGCUUCUGACUCUCUCCGACAAGAACAAAUGCUUAGCUUCUCAGACAAACCAGAAGCUCAAGACUUCAGUAAAUAUGUCUGUUUGGAUAACAAGAACUCUCUCUCGCCGUUUCUCCACCAGUUCCCACCUCAAUAUAGAAGCUACUCAGGAGGAGGAUAUGGUUGUGGUGGGAUGAUGAUGAGCAUGCAGGGGAAAGGACCUUUUACAUUGACUCAAUGGGCUGAGCUAGAACAACAGGCGUUGAUCUAUAAGUAUAUCACAGCCAAUGUCCCUGUUCCUUCUAGUUUGCUCAUCUCUAUCCAGAAGUCCUUUUUCCCUUAUGGAUCUUUGCCUCCUAGCUCUUUUGGAUGGGGAACUUUUCAUCUAGGUUUUGCAGGAGGUAACAUGGAUCCUGAGCCAGGGAGAUGCCGUAGAACAGAUGGGAAGAAAUGGAGGUGCUCAAGAGAUGCUGUUCCUGAUCAGAAAUACUGUGAAAGACACAUCAACAGAGGCCGUCACCGUUCAAGAAAGCUUGUGGAAGUCCAAUCUAACCAGACCGCCGCUGCUGCUGCUGCUGCAUCCAAAGCGGUUACAGCGCAGCAACAGUCCGUGGCUGCUGGCGGUAUUAACCGUAACCGCAGUCUCACCACCGCAGCUCAAUACAUCAAUCCGUCUAACAAUAGAGUCCAGAGCCAGGUGUAUCCAUCCACCGUUAACUUGCAACCCAAGGAAUCUCCCAAACCGAGAAACAACAACAGCUCUUUUGAGUUUGGACACAUAUCCUCUGAUUCAUUGGUGAACCCGCACAACCACAGCUCAUGGCCCGAAGAGCUGAAGUCAGACUGGACGCAGCUUUCAAUGUCAAUUCCAGUAGCAUCAUCAUCAUCAUCAUCUCCUUCCUCCACUGGUGAAGACAAAACCACUCUGUCACCUCUCAGGCUAUCGCAGGAGUCUGAGCAGGAAACAACACUCAAAAAGGUGAAUACUUGGAUACCAAUCUCAUGGGGAAACUCCUUGGGAGGUCCUCUAGGUGAAGUACUCAACAGCACAACGAACAGCCCCACGCUGGGAUCUUCUCCUACAGGUGUUCUGCAAAAGUCAACGACGUUUUGUCCACUCUCUAACAGCCCCGUUGCAGAGAGCAACAACAACUUCCGUUACACUACCUGAGGAGGAAAAGUGUUAAAAGCUCUGUCCUUAUUUAUUUUAUCUUGUUUCUUUGGUGCAUUGCUUUGUUCUUUUGUGUUUCUUGAAUCGUUUGGUCAGAUCCUUUUUUAGGGUUUUUUUCGCUCUGUAAUUGUGGCUUCCACUGAAGGUUAGGGUUUAGGUGCUCUUCAAACAUAUAUGGACUUGAGGAUUUAAUUUCCUAUUGGGCUUUCAGAACCAAA